CUACCCGCCGGCCCCGCCCGUUUCCCUCCGCGCACCGGCCGCUCCCCACCACCACCAUCAUGGCCUCUCGCGCGCAGCCCCCUCCCCCACCUACGCCAGCGCACCUCCGCCCGCGCCUCCACGCCGCGCAGCUCUUCUCGCCGCGCGCCCCGCGAUGCCGCGGCGGGCGCAGCCGCCUCCUCUCCGCGCUCCCGUCGCCGUCCCCUUCGCCGCCCUCGCGCUCGCAGCGCGUGUCCACCGUGCCGCCGCUCGAGCGCGAGCCCGGCCCCGCGCACUCCCCCGAGCACCAGCCGCAGCCGCGCGGGGACCCGGCGCUCGCCGCGGAGAUCGCCCGCCUCUCCGCCGCCCGCGCGCGGCUACGCGCGGCGCGCACGUUCGGCGACAAGCUCCGCGCGCUCGACGCCGAUCCCCGGGUCGCGGCGUUCUUCGGCGAGGAGUCCAGCCGCGGGGUUCUGGGCGCGCUCGAGCCCCGCGAGGCGCUCCUGCUGAAAUGCCUCGUCGCGGCGGGGCAGGAGCACGUGCUGGGAGACGAGCUCGAAUGGUACGGCGGCGGCGGCGGCCAUCACGAGCACCACCACCGCAACGGGGCCAGCGGCGGGAGCGCGCUGCGGGAGGCGCUGUAUAGCCUGGCUGGUUUGGUCGGGAAGUGGAGCUCGGAGGGAGUGGCGGGUACCGAGAAGGGGAGCGGGGAGAUGGAGGUGCUCCGGAGGCUGCUCAAGUUCCUCGGCGACAUCGAGGAGUUCUACGACUGCAUUGGGGGCAUCAUCGGCUAUCAAAUUAUGGCAUUGGAGCUCCUUUCAGCAUCAAAGGACCGCAAGCACCGACCUAGCAAACACAAGUUUGUUGAUUUCCAUGUUCCCAGUGGACUCAAUCUAUUGGAGGAUACAGAGUAUGCAUCUCAAGCAGCUUUGUGGGGAAUCGAGGGUUUGCCAGAACUGGGUGAAAUUUAUCCGAUUGGUGGUGCGGGAGAUCGCCUUGGUUUAGUGGACUCAGAUACUGGUGAAUCCCUUCCAGCUGCAUUGCUUCCUUACUGUGGGAGAUCUCUAUUGGAAGGGCUGAUACGGGAUCUGCAGGCUAGAGAGUUUCUCCACUUCAAGAUCUUUGGAGGUCAAUGCAUAACCCCUAUUGCAAUCAUGACAAGUUCUGUGAAGAAUAACCAUGAGCAUAUGAUUGCAAUAUUUGACAAACUUGAUUGGUUUGGCAGAGGCCGUGAUAAUUUCCGGUUGUUUGAACAGCCUUUGGUACCUGUAGUCAGUGCUGAGGAUGGUAAAUGGUUAAUCAGCAAAUCACUUUUCCCUGUUGGUAAACCUGGUGGUCAUGGUGCUAUUUGGAAACUUGCAUAUGAUAGAGGUAUAUUCCAAUGGUUACAACGGCGUGGCAGAAAAGGUGCAACUGUACGCCAAGUCAGCAAUGUUGUUGCUGCUACUGAUUUGACCAUGAUGGCCUUGGCAGGAAUAGGCCUUCGAUGCAAUAAGAAAUUAGGCUUUGCAUCUUGUGAGCGAAGACCGGGUGCUACUGAAGGGGUGAACGUCCUUAUUGAGAAACAAAACCUUGAGGGACUAUGGUCAUAUGGUAUCACUUGUAUUGAGUACACGGAGUUUGAAAAAUACGGCAUUCCAGAACCUACAGUAACUGGCAGUUCGCAGGUUAGCUAUCCAGCAAAUACAAACAUUCUCUAUGUUGAUUUGCAAGCAGUAGAGGAAGUUGGAUCCCGCAAAAAUGCUAGUUGCUUACCAGGGAUGGUGCUGAAUUUAAAGAAGGCAGUAUCUUACGUGGACCAUCUGGGCUUUGAGUGUAGCGCUGCUGGAGGCAGGUUAGAGUGUACGAUGCAAAAUAUUGCAGAUAAUUUUGUGAACAUGUAUAACUACAGAUGCGGCAAAGGAAUAGAAAGUGAACUUGACACUUUCAUUGUGUACAAUGAAAGGAAAAGAGUCACUUCAUCAGCUAAAAGGAAGCUGAAAUCAGAAGACAGGUCAUUGCACCAGACUCCAGAGGGUUCACUCCUUGACAUUAUGCGUAAUGCUCAUGACCUCCUUUCUAGAUGCAGCAUAGAUGUUCCCAUGGUAAAUGUCCUUUUAUGCCUUGCUCACCUAGUUUCUACUACUUUAUUUCACAUUUAACAUGAGGUAGUGUUCCAUAAUGCAGAUUCACCAUACAGUACAGUUUCAUGUGAGCACACAAUAAAGAUAUAUAUAUCCCGGGUUUUCUAUGCCGCUUCCAUCGAUGAGCUGUCCAACAUUUGUCAUGCAGAACAAGCCAAAUGAAAAAUUUACACUUGGCCGGGCGCGCGCACCUUGUGAAGCAUCUUGGCACCCUUAAUGGGGUGCUGACCGACGAAGAAGGACAGGUAGGCGGAGGAGGUUGAAAACAAGUUGUCCAAGGUCCAAAUCCAGUAGACUUUAUCCGCACGUUGGGGCGUAAGCUCCGCCAUCCCCAGCACUGCAGCGCCGCAGUGGGAACCUGCGACGCUCCGCGCAGACAUGCCCGGCACUGCUCCUGCCACUGUGCUGCCUACUCCGCGUACUUUCUCCACUGCGGAAUCCUCGGACGGCAUGGGCGCGACCCACGAACACGGUCCGGACCUUGACCAGAGCAAGACCCCCGCUUGCAAGACCCUCGACGCUCUGCCACGUCACGCCUGGAGGAAGGUACCCUCCACAGCAACCGCCACGACGCCCACUGGAGCCACAAGGACGCCGGUGCGAUCUCCGCGAGAUCAGGACACCGCCCAGGACAACUGCCACGCCCGGCGCCAUGGUCUCCAGUACUGCACAAUGUACUUUCUACAGUAGACAUCCAUUGCACGCCCCCGAUUCGGGGAGAAGACGACGACUUCUGACCCCAAUGCAUGUACACCGCCCCUCCUUGUGUCUAUAAAAGGAGGAGGCGGGCCUCUCAUCCGGACACGAUCAACUCAUCCCGCAACACACCCCCGCUCCCCGGAGCAUGAUAUUGGCAUUUGCCUCAAUCACUUAGCAGAGACUUGGGAGCCUCCCUCUUUCUCU